ACAGCCUUUGCGAUAAUGGUGCCAGAAGACGAUGCAGAAUGUGGGAUGAUACUAGUUAUGGGCGUGACGGGCUCGGGGAAGAGCUAUUUCAUUAACAAGCUUGCCCAAGGCUCAGUCACAGAAGGGGCCGGACUUCGAUCUGAAACGGAGACUUGUCAAAUCGUCCGAGUCGGUGUGGGACGACAUGAGGUGGCAGUAGUUGACACGCCUGGCUUUGAUGAUACCACACGCUCCGAUGCCGAGAUCCUCGAAGAAGUCACUGAAUUCCUCUGUACGCAAUAUGAACUCGGAAUACCAUUGAAGGGCAUCAUAUACAUGCAUCGAAUAACCGACAACAAGAUGUCGGGAUCAGCACAACGAUAUUUCGAGAUGUUUAAUUGUCUUUGCGGCGAGCGUAACUUCGGUAACGUAGUGCUUCUCACGACAAUGUGGAGCGAAUUGAAGGAGGAGGGAAAGGGACUGGAACGGGAGCGAGAGUUGCGCAGGGAUUUCUGGAAUGCCAUGAGCGCUAAAGGAUCGACUAUUCGCCGCUUCGAUGGAAGUAGUUCCAUGGCCGGCGCAUUCAUUUGCAGACUGAUGCGGAAGGAGAACAUUGUUCUCGAUAUUCAGAAUGAGCUGGUAGAGCAGGGGAAGCGCCUCGAAGAAACGAAAGCUGGUAAAGUACUUGUGCCGCAGUUGGAGCGUCAAAUUGGCGAAGCAGGAGAAAGGCUUGAGUCGCUUGCCAAAAUCAUUGAUGAAGCAGACGAUUCUGAGAAGCUGGAGAUACGACGCUUGAAGAGACAGCGCGGGUCAAUCGAAGAACAGCGACAGGCCAAGUUGCAUCAACGACAGAAACUGCAGAAGCGCCUGGGUCGCAAUGUGGCUGAGAAGGUUGAGGGCGAGAAAAAGGAAGGCAAUUGGAAGAGCAAAUUGACGCUUUUUGGGAGUGAUAUGAUAACAAAGAACUGA